AAGGUCAAAUGUUAAAAGAUACCUUGUGUGUUCCACACACAGCCCUCUGCUCUGCCUAGUGAAUAUUUUAGUGACCCAUUUACAGCAAGCAGCUUUUAUUGAACAGAGUAGGCAAAUGCAGAGGGAAACAGAAGCCCCGUCAUCCUUGUGACAAUUAUACGUCUGUCUCUAUUGGUGUAAUCCACCCUCUCAGCCUGAUAAACAAGAGCUUGUGGAUGGGGUUUGGAAGAAAGGUGACCGUCACCUUCUGUGAUCUGAGUAUUUUCUUGCACACACCUCAGCUAGCCUGUAAAGCAGUUCACCCACUCACUGCUAUGUCCACACCACUGGAGGACGCGAUGGACACCUUGAUCAGAAUUUUCCAUCACUACUCUGGCAAAGAAGGAGACAGAUACAAGCUCAGUAAAGGAGAACUCAAGGAGCUUCUCACCAGGGAGCUCACCGACUUCCUUUCGGGCCAAAAGGAUCCCCUUCUGGUUGAUAAGAUUAUGAAAGAUCUGGACUCCAAUGAAGACAAUGAAGUGGAUUUUAAUGAAUUUGUCAUUCUGGUUGCUGCUUUGACUGUGGCUUGUAAUGAUUUCUUUGAAGAACAGCUAAAGAAAGAGGGGUUUUAAAAAUGCUCAAUACAGUCAAUCUCCUGGCGGCAAAUGGAAGCAAAGCACGCCUAGUUAGGUAGCUGUCAUCAGCAUUUAGUGAAUACAAACCAUCAUCCCUCCACCUGUUACUGCUGUAAGACACUUAUGGAGCAGAUCAGCAGCUGGUGUAAGCUGGACCAAAGCCAAUUUACACUACCUGAGAUCUGACUGAGUAUUUUCAGUCUUUGCACUGCAUGCAUCUGUAACAUGCAUUCAUCAGUUGCCCAGGUCAAGGGCUUGGGGUGACAGAUCCUUUGGCAAGAGUUGAGACCUCUAUUUCUUAAAUGUCAGUGGGAAGUAAAAGGCACAGGAAUGAUAGUUACAUACUUUCCGAAUUGGAAAAUUUGGAACGAGGCAUAAAACUUGCAAUUUAGGUUUCAGUCAUUCUAUAACAACCACAUGUUUGCAGCUGAAAAAGACCAGCUUGUUUUUUGCUCAUCUCUGCUUGUUCUAAAGCCCUUUUUGGAUGUUGUUUCAUUACCUCCCCACACUCUCAUAUUUCAGAUGUGGUCACAGCUGUCUCCUGCCGCCUGAGCAGACAGUACUGCUUGUCAUUGUUACAGGUUCAUUUCCCCCACCUCCCCAGAUUGAAUUUUGUUGUGCUGGCAUUACUGCAUCCCAGUAGUCCACCUCUUCAUUUGGCAUAAAUGGAUUUAUUCAUAUGAUAAAUUAUUCAAAUACAUAGAAGAUUUAGUCAGCAAACUGCUCAGAGGGCUGAUGGAAGGACGGGGUCUUCAGGGGAAAUAUAAAUGCCUUCUGCUUUCACUAUUCUGGCACCCUUAAGAGGGCUUUUAGAGGAUCACUUGUGGGGGAUUUAAUGGUGAGAUCCCAGGGCACAGCUUUGUAAUGUGAGUCAUCUUAUGGAACAAUUAUUUAAUCUCACACUGAUCCAACCCACUGUGUGGAAGUGGUGCAAAAGGGGCAGUGGGACCCCAUGGCCAGGCAUGGCAAGAGUAGGGUAAUCCGGUUUCGUGUUAACCUGCUCGUGGGUUGAAUUAAGAGUACUUCUACACUCCAGUUUGAAUUAAGCAUACUUCUAAAGCCCUGAGAAUCCUCAGUGGCAAGGUGUCGUAGCUUUUCCCUUGCACAGAGAACUCCCUUUGUUCCUUGUUAUUUUGUUGGCAACUUCAAACUAUAAUAAAAGAUGUCUGAAUUAAA